AUGGAUCAAGACCCAGACACCCCAGCGUCAGGGUCACCCUUGUCCGAUAUUGACUCUGAUGAAUUUCAUGAAGACGUCAAAUUCAACCAUAGGUCGCAUUCACAUUCUAGAGGUUCUACCAUUUCUGCUUCAGAGGAUGACACGGGGUCUCCCAUGAGUACUGCCGUACAAAACCUCGAAAUGCCGCCGAACAAACGCCGCAAGACCGGCGCAUCAAGCUAUGAUGAUGCCACUCCUCAAUCCGCGUCCACCGUUGUCCCCGCUCGAUCACCCACGGGUUCGAUAUCAAGCGACAGCUCAGGCUCGGUACCUACAUCACCUUCAUUUGCCCAUCUGGGUCCCACGCAUCCUUUGUCCACCGCCUAUGCGGCCGCGCAGGCCAACCCUGAGAAUCCUGAUUCAGGAGAUUAUGUUCAAGUGACCAAAUGUCUCUGGGAGGGCUGCGCCAAUCAGGAACAAGGCAAUAUGGACAAUCUUGUUGCACAUAUCAACGAUGUCCACAUUGUUCCCCGUCAAAAGAAAUACUACUGCGAAUGGGAUGGGUGCAUUCGAAAGGGCCAGCCUCACACCAGUGCCUAUGCUUUGAAAGCUCACAUGCGAAGUCAUACCAAGGAGAAGCCUUUCAUGUGUGCUUUACCAGAAUGCGACCGGAGCUUCACGCGGUCGGAUGCCUUGGCCAAGCAUAUGCGAACGGUCCAUGAAACUGAGGCUCUACGACCCAGUGAUCCCGUUCCUCGAGGUCACACGGGGGGGAUCUCCAAUGGAGGUGGAAGUGGGAUCCCCAUCAAACGGCUGAAGCUGACCAUGGGCGGCAAAACCAAUGGCGAUAGGAAAGCCACCCUGGUGGGCGACCUCCCCUCGCUGCCGACCCGGUAUUCGGUUUCUAUGUUGGGAAUGAACCCUGACGAGGUGGAAAUGGCCGAGGAUGAUGGGUCAGAGGAACUGUUCGAUGCCGUCGACGUGGAUAGUGUGCCGCUCACCCUGCCACUCCCCUCAGACUAUUAUCCUGCUGACAUUUGGGAUGACAUGGAUGAGUACGAACGCAACCUGCCCCCUUCCCAAUACUUCCGUCUCUUGCGCCGACAAAUACACUGGGCCGAACAGGAAGGACGCGUGCUGCAACGCGAGCUGGAGGAGAUACGAGCCGCGACGGAAGAUUCUAGGGGUAAUGUGAUCAAAAAGGGGCUGGGAGAUGAGAAAAGCGCCGACGAAAAUCGCCGGGUCGAAUGGCAGCGCACCGAGGAGAUCUUGGACGCGGUUAUGCGAGCUGAAGUCGGACGUGUCACAGAGAUGUUCACCGGGGAAAGGCAGACCCUGGGGGAUCAGAGUCCUUGGGAAAUGCUGAAGGGAUUACAACAGCUCACGACAUCCUCCCCGGCAUAA